GCUAGAUAAAUUAUGUUUUAACAGAAGAAGAAGCCACAGAAAAGACACAAGACAAACAUAGAAAACAUAAAGAACACCAACCAAGCCAACAGCAGCCAAUGGUGUACGUCAGUACAGAAACCGUCCCUUCUCAGCAAGGAAUCAUAGACACACAAUAUACAGGUCACAGUGAUGUAAUAAACGAAGAUGAUGGAACAUAUAUCAUUGUACAACCUCAACAACCAGGGGUAGCCACCGAGAUCAAGCAACGGGGUGAAGCCCGGCAAUCGUUGAAGCGUAGAGACGCCACCAUUCACCCCGGGCUCGUACCCUUACAAGCCCCAGCCAAUACCCCAGCUAUGGGGAUUCCCCAACACCCCCGGUCACAUAGAAAGAUUGAAUACGAAGAAAUCGUGGUCACGGACCAACGCAGGGAAAGUCGCACUUCAUCGAACAGUGAUAUCAACGCAGCGCUCAUCGCUGCCGGCAACAAUAGUUAUGUCAGAAAAACUUCAUUAGAUGGAUCAGUGCAAAAGAAAAAAGCAAAGUCUGUUGUGUCAAGUCACUCUUCUGAUAGAAAACCGAAACUUUUUGAAGCAGUGUUGCCAGGUGAUGAUUUGUCACAAAAGCAAAACUCCAGUUUUUAUGGCGGGGCAAUGCCAAUAACUAGUAAUCUUGUAAAACAAACUCUCUCUGACAAAGUGUCCAUCCUAUCUGCUAGCCAACCUGGUACAGAGUCUAUAAGUGGCCACAGUGGUUCAUAUAGACAUGACGCUACGAAAACACCAAGACACAGCAUUGGUGGACCUUCCAUUGCUUCUAAAGGAAGACGGCAAAGUGAUAGCAAGGUAUCAGAGCCGGUGGUUCCUCUUAUUGGGGUCGAACCCGCGACCCCUCUUCACCCAGUACAAGCCAGCCCCCACCAAUUAACCCCACAACCCAAGAAACAAUAUUUAAGUCCCGGAAAUUCACUUUCUGGGAGCCAUAGGUCUUCACAUAAGAGUUCACAGAGGUCAAUUGGGGGUCAAAGUUUACAGGGGUCAUCUGGAGGCCAAAAGUCACAAAGGUCACUUGGAGGUCAAGAAGAGUCGUUUGGGGGUCAAGGGUCAGAGAAAGGGUCGCAGUAUUCGGAUAGUGAUAGAGAAUCAAAACGUAGACCAUCGAAGAAAAGUGAUGGUUCAGAUAACGACGAGUCUGACAACAGCGAUGAUUUCUCUAAAUCGUCACAGUCCAGUGAUCAGAAAUCAUCCAAGCAUGAAGUAGCGUCAAAAUACAGCCAGACCACUAAAUCUAAAUCCAAGCCAGGUUCCAUAUAUUCUGACGAGUCUGCGUCAUUAUUGAGCAAAAAACAAUCGAUAGAAAGUAAAGUGGAAGCUCCUUACUAUGGUUUAAAAGGAGCCAAAGGACCAGGGAGUCAGUCUUCUUCUUCUAUAUUAAAAUCUACUUCUUCAAAAAAGAGUAAAUCCACACGAGGCAGUAUACCGUCAGCAAUGAAGCGCGACCGCCACACAGCAUCCGUUCGAAUGCCCGGCGGUAAAAUUGUCCCAGUUGGUGGCUCUCUAGCUCGCUCUAGUGACAAGGAGUUAACGGAAGUUAGCGAAUCUGAAGAGGAAGUUCAAUCUUCUAAAUUAACUUCUGAAAUAAAAACUCAAAUCCGUCCAAAACCAGCAAUUAAAUCAGGGAAAAGCUCGGAAAUUACAUCACAAAACGAAAGUUCCACCAGAUCUGACUUGAAAGUAACUUUCAAGCGAGAUGAUGUUGCUACGGAUACAGGGGAUGAAGAUGUUACUUCCAUUCAUGAGGAGGAUUAUGAUGUCACAGAAGAGGAGGAGGAGCAGGAGCAAGAGUGGCCGGAUGUGAAGGAAGAGGUGGUAUCCAUAGUGAAGUCGGCCACAUCAAGUUCAUCUUCAAGACCAAUAUCAAGUCGCUCAGACAUUUUAACUGCUCAUGCAAGAAAAGUCGCAGCAAAAGUUAUAAAAAAGCAACGUCCGAAAAGUGGUCUGGAUGAAGACGCAAAACAAGCUGCAGAGCUUUGGAAUAAAGCUCUCUCCUCCUCCGAGGAGAAGAGUGAGAGUGAAGAAGAAACAGAAGAAGAGGAGGAGUGGGGAGUGAAGGAACAACCAACUGCAGUAAGUUCUGUUAAAGUGGAAAGCCAACAUAUCUUGGAUGAAAAGAAAAAUCGUUUAAAGAAGAUAAUAAACGAAGGGAAGAAGGAGAGAGAAAUCCGACCAUCCGUUUCCACGGCAACUCCAACAAAGAAGCAGCCAUCUGUGACAGCUUCUAUGACAUCACAAAGCUCGGCUCCGAGCUCUGUCUCAUCUGUUCAGGAGGAGUUUGUGGCGGAGAUCCAGAAAAAAGCGUCCGAUCUUGGAAUCGAAGCCAAAGAGCUCACGUUCGAGGCUGAUGUUAUUGAUAAACUGGAGAAAUCGGAUAUUAGACCAGAAGAAGUGGAAGUUUUCCAUGAUAAAGAAGCAGGAAGACAUAUUGUUCGUUCCCGUCACAGUUCAGCGACCGCAAGCUCCGUUCUAACGCCCUCUAGUGAGGAACCUGGCGAACAAAGUGAUUAUAAAGAAGCAACAAAGAAGAAACCAAAACUUGUCGUGGAUUUGAAAAUUGAAGAUAAGGCACCAGAAUCAAUCAGCCGAGCGUCCAGUAUUUCUACGUCUGUUUCUUCACAUUCUUAUCAACGCACUGCUAGAAGUAGAAGUAGUAGCAUUUCACCCGAGAGAAAAAGACCUUCUAUUCCAGUCGAGAAGUCGCAAGUUGUUUUAGAUUAUGAUGUCACUACGUAUGAAGGUAAGCUUGGAGAUCCCAAAACCGAGGAACCCACGAUCCAAUCAGGUCGUCCACAUGUUGAACCUGAAAAAAUUAAAGUCACAACAGACAGAGCUCAGAAAUUAGACGAAAAAGACAAAAGUUUGGCUGAUAAACGAAAAACAUCAGAUUUGACGUCGAAGAAAGGCAAACCUGGACAGAAGUUAUUGAACAAUGUUCCUGGUGCGGCCAGUGUUGCCGAAUCUGUAAAUUCAGAGAAAUCCUCGUCUAAGGGAACUAAAGCGAAGUCUGUCACUAAAGGACCCCAAAGAGCAGGAAAACCGGGAGUAAAACAAGCAGUUGGAAAAGCCAGCAUUGACUCAAAGGGGGAGGUUGAUUCAGUGAAGGAAGAGCUGACAGAGGAGGAGAAAUUACAAAGGGAUCUUGCUAAGUUAACUGAUGGGCAAAAAACGAAAAAAGCAGAUGGUAAAAGGAAGAAGGGUGCAAAAGGAAAGUCAAAAGCAGUUGAUUCUGUUGCCAGUGAAAAGGAUUCUAGUAUUACUUCUAAAACACCGGAAAAAGCAAAGACAAAAACACCAGAAAAACUUGCUGCAAAAACACCAGAAACACCAUUUCGAGCUGGACAACCAGAUAAAAAGAAACAAAUAGAAGAACCGUUACCGGCAGCAACACCAGACGAAAAAGCUGAGUCUAUUGCUUCUUCUAAACCAAAGAAAAGUCAAAAAGGAAAGAAAAAGGAGCCAGUGACCCAAGUUCAAAUCAGCCAAUCAGAGAAGCCAGCAGCACAGAGUGUAGAAACCGAGGAAAAGCCUGAGAAAAUACAAUCGGCAAAAUCUUUAUCACCUAAUAAGGGAGGAGAAGAGGAAGAGGAACAUUCCUCUCCUGUUGAGAGCCCUGUAGAUGAUUAUGUGUUUGUACGUAAAGAAGACACCCCUGAACCAACACCUGACCCAACACCAGAACCUGCUGAACCAGAAGUUAAAAUGGAUGACACCAAGUCACAAAUAUCAGAAGUCACUGAAGCGACCGAAGCAACAGAAGCCUCGUCACAAGCUGCCAUCGCUGCUGCAGAAGAUGAGGCUGAACGGGAGGCCAAAAAGGCUGCAAAAGCCGAGCGGGAGGCUAAACGAGCGGCAGCAGCAGAAAGACGAAGGUUAGAGGUCGAGAGGAAGAGAAAAGAGAAAGAGGAGCAGAUUAGAAAGGAGAAAGAGGAGCUGGAGAGAAAGGAGCAAAUGAAAGAGGAGUUUGAGGCGGAAGGAAGAAGAAGAGAGGAAGCCGCAAAACUUCGUAAAGAAGAAGCAGAGAAAGCUAAACAACAAGAAGUAGAAGAAGAAGAAAACAGAAAGAGAAGAUUAGAAAUACAACAAGAACGAGAAAGAAAACAACUUGAGGAAAAACGUAGGAAAAUCGAGGAGAUCCAGAGAAAAAAAAGAGAAGAAGAAGAGAGGAGGAAAGAGGAGGCGAGACUGAGAGCAUUGGAAGAGGAACAGAAGAGAAAAGAGGAAGAAGAACUAAUGGCUCAAAUGGAGGAAGAUGAGAGAGAGCAAUAUGCUGAAAGAAAGAGAAUAGAAGAGGAAGAGAGGAAAGUGAGAGAGGAGGAGCGGAGGAGAAGGGAGCAGGAGGAGGCUCGUAUUAUGAUGGAACAAGCGAAACUACAAGCCAUUGCGAGGGCCAAGCAACAGGCAGAAGUCGAAGAAAAAUUACGUUUUAUUCGCGAAUUUUUCCAAGAAGCCCAAGGCUUAGACAACACACAGAACGUUAACAGAUCUUUUACGUUUUCAUAUUUUGAGCUAAUGCAAAUGCUUGGCUUGGACGUCCCAGUCGAGUAGAAACUGUAUUUUUCCUGUAAUCAAAAAUUGGGUAUUUUUUAAAAAAUAAUAUUUUAAACGUAUUUGGGCCAAAAUUUAUUAUUUUGAGACAAAAAUAAUAACAUUUUUCUCUAAUUUUAAACGAUUUUAGACAAAGUUUGAACGUUUUACAGAAAUAUAACAUCAUUUUCGGAAUUUUAAACACUUUUAGAGCAAUUUAAAAACGUUUUGCACCAAAAUAAUAACAUGUUUCAAGAAUUUUAAACGUUUUAAUCCAAUUUUAUACAAUUAAAGGUACAUCCUUAUCUUUCGCUUAAAUUUUAGAAAUCACUGUUUUCAUGGUUACUGAUCACUUUUAUUUUAAUAAUCACUUUUUUUCGUUAAACAGUUUACUUUAUAAAAUUAUUUUUAGCAUAAUUUUGUAAAUAAAUAUGAAGUAUUAUGUAUUUUAACAUGACAAUUUUUUACAUUCGUUUUGUAAAUUUACCUAUAAAUUAAUGACAAUCUAAUUAUCUUUUUAAAACAUAUAGUGUUUAUAUUUCUUCACUGUGCUUAGAUAUUUUAUUGGUGUUUAAAAAUAUUUUGUUUCUGUUUAAAAUAAAGCGAAGUUAUAUUGUUGGUAACUGUAUGAUA